ACUAUCUGCCUCUGUCUUGUCCCAGGUGCGCUGAAAAUGCACUGUUCUUUCUGAUUAUCUUGAUUGAAUUUGGUACUUUUAAUUAGCUUCAGGUGUGCUUUAAGUGUACUGUCUUCGUGACAAAACUACUGUACAUAGUGUGACUAUGUCAUGUAGCACAAUGAUGGGUGUUUAGAGCGCUAAUGCUAAAGAGAGUGCUUAUGUGGUAUUGUUAGAUUUAUUCUCCCAGAAGAGUGUUAUUUCUAAUUUAUAUAUUGUAUUUUCAACAUAUAUUCUGAUGCUUACAUGUUCUGUUUUCCUGUUCUGGAGGCAUCAGUAUUUUGUGGGAAUGGUGAGAGGCUUAUGAGAACUGUAUCAUGUGAAACGUUAGAACUGCUGUUUGUGUUCACCUUAUGAAAACCAUUUUUUGUGGCUAAUGUCUGCCUUUGUUUUGUGUGACUGAUAUCAGAUAGUUAUAAUGAAACUGUGUGACUAAUGCCAGCAAUGGUUUUAUGUGAUACACAUAUAACAAACCGUGUGUGAUGCUUAUGCUGGCAAUUAUAGUUUAACAGCCGUUUGUAUUUCAUUUUAUGAUGCACAUUGUAGAAGUGCAUAAAAUUGUCUUUAAUUUCCUUGUAGAGGACUAAUUAUAUCAAAUGUUUAGUGAAAGGCAUGUGGGAUAUAUUGACAUCAGUCUGUAUCAUUCUGCAUUGAUCAUUUUGACGGAGAUCCAACUACCAUGACAAUGUAUCUUUACUUCUAACUGUGCGUAUUAAAUGUCUGUGUGAGUAUGUAUGCCUGCCCUUGUGAGCAAAAGAAAAAAUUUCUGUCUUGGGCAUCCUCGACAGACAAUAAAGUCUGAUUUGAUUUGAUUUGAUGCCCCCUGAUCAUUCACGCCUGAUUUGUUUAUACUUGUGCUGCCCGUUCCUAUCAAAAAUGCCCUUUGGACGUUAUAACAACUACCUACCCUCUGCACCAAGCAUGUUCCCAUUACAUGAUGCUUUUUGGGUUAUGGAAUAUACCACCUGGGGUGAGUUGAACUAAUGCAGGUUGAUCGUAGUCACCUAGUGUGAGAUGUGUACGAUUCCUGAUUUUCACAAGUUUGUGUUUGAUUAUUUUAUGUGUAUGGGUGGAGUACAUGGUGAUAUUGGUGUCAAUCUGCUGGUAAUACAGAGCCGAGAAGCAGUAGACACACACAGAACUCAUGGAACUGUAAGAUACAAUAAUCAGUUUUACAGUGUUUCCACAUACGAUAAAGUAAAAUGUCAAUGUUUAUGACCUUACGGAAAUAUAAAUUGAUUUAGUCGAGAGAGAGUGGUUUGCCAAUUGUACCCUCGAGUUGCAUUGUUUGUUAUUCCAUGUAGUUAUCUAUAAGAUAAGGUUAAAUGUCUUUCUGUAAGAUAUAGACUGCGAGACACCAUGGAGAAUUUUCUCUUGUUUGUUAAUGCUUUAUUACCCCUCCCCUACACCAGGCCUGUGUUCAUCUUGCCAUAGGGUAUUGACCAGUGUUAAACGCAGAGGUUCAGUUAAAAGGCAUAUGGCCCUAUCCUGUGUGAUCCCCACUUUUUUAUGUUCAUACUCCCAUUAUAAACUGUGACAACUUUGAAGGAAAUAAAGGUAAACGAG